AUGACAAGACUCGAUGGCCAUUUCAACCUGUAUUGCAAAUCUACCAUGCACCAAAUUGGUUCCAGAUGGUUGUAAGAUUAUGAACAAGAAGCAUAAAGCUGAGCACUUGAUCUCUGCUCAAGCAUAGCCUGUGUUUAAGUUGCAUUUAAAAUUGAGCUUGAUUCUGGGUGUCAGAUAAUGUUUGGUGAAAAGCAUCUUUGCAGAGCAUAGAAGGGUUCUGUUUUUGUUUUGAUUGUUGAAAGCUAAGUGGCAUUGAAUAGUUAACGAAGGAAAAGGGGUUAGAGGUUUUCUGAUGUAAAGGGAAUAUCAGGUUAGUGGACCCCUUAUCGAAUAGCAGAGUCUUAAAGUGGUUUUGGAUUGAAAUCCUAAUAAUCUAAGCAUGAGAUCUGAACUCCCAAUUCCCAAGGGGACAAAAUCAAAAUUAUUUACUCUAAACACUGCAUAAUGUAAUGUUUUAGUUACAGAGGGAGUCUAUAGGCAAUGGUUAAAUUACCAUUUGAAGUGUUUUAGUUUUUUCUGGGAUUGCAUAGAAAACGAGAGAGUGGCAUGCACAUGCCCUUUGAAGAGGCAUGUCUCCUGGGAAUUAACAAUUUUCUACUCAUCAUCCCAAUUCUGUCGCACUGAAUUCAUCCUGUUCUGUUUUAUUUUUAUCAGAACAUUUAAAUGGAGAUUUUUAGCAGUUCCAUUUGGUCUUCGAAAAACUCCCCCUCCCACCUUACUUUUUGUAUGGGUUCUCGUGUGCAUCAUUCUCCAUAAAUAAAUACCAUACCCUCUUCUUCCAUCCUUAUUUACCUUCCCUAUCCCUCUCAAAUUCAAUGAACUCUUUAUACCAUAAUCCCUCCGAAUCUGGGAGCAGAACAUGAACCGUCGUGUUGACCAGAAAAUGACGGUGGUUAAUCCACCAAUUUGAUUGUUGUUGGGGGCUUCGACGGGUGCGAAAACCAAUUGGGCGGUCAACAGAUUGAAGCAUGGGGAGUCCCGCUAAAUCUUUUGAGAUAUUCAUUUAUCUUUCCUUUUACCCUCUUCUUCCUCCCUGUUUUACCUCUGUUCCUGAAGAAAAUGGGGUCCGUCAAUUCAAACAGUUGCCUUUCCUUUCCACUUUCACCCACUAAUCCUUCAUUCUCCUUGCCCGAAAUCCCAUUUCAAGCCCCCCAUGAUUAGUAACUAUGAGAAGGAAGUGGAGGAAAUGAAGCACAUGACAAGACAAGAAUUUGUGGCUGCCAUUACAAGGAAGAGUAGUGGGUUUUCAUGGGGUGCAUCAAUGUAUCGUGGUGUUACAAGGCACCACCAGCAUGGAAGAUGGCAGGCCAGGAUUGGACGAGUGGCUGGAAACAAAGAUCUUUAUUUGGGAACUUUCAGCACGGAAGAGCAAGAGCAAGAGCAAGAGCAAGAGCAAGCGGCGGAAGCAUAUGACAUAGCCGCCAUCAAAUUCAGAGGGCUUAACGCAGUCACAAACUUUGACAUGUGUCGUUAUGACGUGAAGAGCAUAUUGGACAGCAAUUCUGUCCCUAUUGGCGGUGGUGCGGCCAAGCGACUGAAAGAAGCCCAGGCCAUGGAAGCCUCUCGAAAGCGUGAGGAAAUGAUGAUUGCUCUUGGUGCUUCCUCCUCCUCCUCUAAUUCCUCCCAUCAUAGGCUUCUUCAAUCACCCAAUUUCACCCAGCCUUUGCUUUCUCUUCAAAACAAAGAUCCGGCGUGGUUUCACCACUCUACUUAUUCCCACUAUGGUAACAACACUCCGUUUUACGGCGGCGGCGGGGGAGACAGUAGUGGAGGGUACCUUGGAAGUGCGUUAGGGAUGGGGUGUACGUCGGGGGAUGAAUACGCGUUGGUUAAGGUGGAUUACGAUAUGCCUAAUUCUGACGGUGGUGGGUAUGGGCGGUGGUCGGGGGAUUCGGUUCUGGGUUCCAACAAUGGGGGGUUUUGAAUGUGAAAUGGAUUAUUUAUUUAUUUAUUACAAAG